AUGGCCAAACCGGCAAAAGCAGCCGCCUCUUCAGCCGAGCGAGCACUUCGGAUUGUAGAAAAUUCUUCCCGUGUUCGACUACAAGAUUUGCGGGAUAACAUUGGAGCGCGAACGCUUGGAAAACAACAAUCAAAUGUUCAUAAUCAACAUGGACACACGAUUGGGCAACUUCAACACGCCGCGAAACCCCCAUUGGGAUGGAUAUGGGGUGAUUUCUUUCGACCUUGGCAACGAAUGUUUCCUGGCACAAAGCUUUUCAAUGCUGAUAUCAAUAUUCGACGUGAGUACACACCACUCUCGUUGAUCGAACUCGCUCGUCUCAUCGAUCUCGGAUGGGUUGACCAAAAAAAGCCGAUCGAUAUUGUUGCCCUUUGUGCGACUCGAAAAUUCAAAAUCGAACCUCACUUGCGGCAAUGUGGCUUCGAUUUGACGCCCGAGGGUGCUGAUGCUUGGAAGUAUCCGGUGGAUAUUGAAGUGCAAUGGGCAAGUCAGCGAACGAUUGCGGCGGUUGAGUCGGCUGGUGGACGGAUUCGCACAGCCUACUACGACCCGGAGAGUUUACGAGCGGCCAUCGAUGCUAAAACUUGGUUUCAAUCGGGCCGCCCAGUUCCGCGCCGACUUGCUCCACCGCCAUCUCUCGUCAGUUACUACAGUGAUCCGGUGAAUCGAGGAUACCUUGCUGAUGUGGCGGAGAUUGAGCAUGCAAGACAGCGACUUUCUAUGACAAUGGGGACGACUCUACCGGAAACGACAUUUGAUGCGGUUAAGCACCCUAAACAGGUAUUCAAUGGAUUGCCGCCUGGAGCCAUUGUGUCGCUGAAAGAUCGCAAAGUCUUCAUGCCAACUCAUCCCGAUGUCCGAGAUUAUUAUGAAGAAGGUCUACGAGCGGAUAAACAAUAUCCA